CUCUGACACCACCAACAACAACAACCAACAACAACAACAACCACCAACCACCACCCACCAACAACACCACUACCAACAACAACCACCACCAACAACACCACAACCAACCACCACCAGCACCACUGACCACCAACAACCACCACCCACCACCACAACCACCAUCCACACCACAACCACCAACACCACAACCACUACCAACAACCACCACCCACCAACAACACCACCACCAAAACCACCACCAUCCACCAACAACACCACCACCAAAACCACCACCACCCACAACCACCAACACCACAACCACCACCAACCACCUCGUCCCGUGCGACGAUGCCGACCUCGUCACGGGCCCCCUUGGCGCUGGGCCGCGAGCUGCUGCUGCUUCUCGUGGCGGCGACUCCGAGGAGGAGGCCGCCGCUGCCGCCGCUGGGCCCCGCGUGGCGCAGCAGCAGCAGCAGCAGCGCGGACUCCGCCGCGACCUUGGCGGAGGGCGGCCGAGAGCCGGCGGCUGGGCAGAAGGAGAAAGUUGAGGCCAGAAAACUAAAGCCGUUGCUGGAGGACGGGCCCGAUCUGAAAGAGUUCUUGUCAGGAGAGUUGGCAGAUCGGAGCAAGUGGGAUGAAUAUAAAGGGAAUCUGAUACGUGGCAAAGGAGAAAGGCUAAGGCUGCCUCCAUGGCUCAAAACGAAAAUUCCAGUCGGAAAAAACUACAACCGAUUGAAGAAUACACUCCGGGAGCUGAAUCUGCACACGGUGUGUGAAGAGGCUCGAUGCCCCAAUAUUGGUGAAUGCUGGGGAGGAGGCGAGUAUGCGACAGCCACCGCUACCAUCAUGCUCAUGGGAGACACGUGCACACGGGGCUGCCGCUUCUGCUCGGUGAAGACGGCGCGCGCGCCUCCUCCGCUUGACCCGGCCGAGCCGCACAAGACGGCGCACGCCAUCGCCGCGUGGGGUCUCGACUACGUGGUGCUCACUUCGGUCGACUCCCAAGACAUAUCUGACGGUGGUGCCGCGCACAUCGCUGAGACCAUUCGGCAUCUCAAAGAAAAGAAGCCAGAGCUCCUGGUGGAGUGUCUCACGCCCGACUUCCGGGGUGACCUCGCGGCUGUGGCGACGGUGGCAUCGUCGGGCCUGGAUGUUUACGCGCACAACGUGGAGACCGUGCGGGAGCUGCAGCGGAAGGCACGAGACCCCCGCGCCAAUAUCGACCAAUCGCUGAGUGUCCUGAGGCAUGCUAAGGCAGUGCAACCGAGCCUGCUCACCAAAACCUCCAUCAUGCUGGGCCUCGGAGAGACGGACGAGCAGGUGAUUUCUACCAUGAAAGAAAUCCGAGAUGCUGGAGUUGACUGCCUGACGCUUGGGCAGUACAUGCAGCCUACAAAACGACACCUAAAGGUGGAGGAGUACGUGACCCCGGAGAAGUUCCAGCAGUGGGAGCAUGUGGGGAAGGAGCUGGGCUUCAUUUACACGGCCAGUGGACCACUCGUGCGGUCCUCCUACAAGGCUGGUGAGUUUUUUCUGAAGAACCUUCUGCAGCAGAGGAAAGUGGACGAACGUGCUUAAUGCAGGGCGGUGAAGGCGCUUAAAUGUGAAGGCUGCCGAUGGAAAUGAAAAUUUGCUGUCUUUACAGCAGUGCCUACAACACAACACCAUUGUAUAGCUGCUCUUGAGGGUAGGCAAGGACAACAAUGUAAGUCAUUGGUGCAAUUUAUCCUCGGAAUAAUCAUUGCGUUAUUGUUUUCAUUAUAAAGCUACUUGCAUGUUUCAUCACCCUUUAUUAUUUCAGGGUUAUGAGUUGCAGGAUAUACAUUGUUUGCUUUGUAAAGGUGGUAGGGGUGGAAAUAAGUCAGUUUAAUAUUUUUGCCUAUAAACUCCAAACAUUGCACUGGAGCCUAAAACUCUACACAUUAUAUGUUACAUCACUUCUAAGCAUGGGAAACUGUUCAAAAGCUAACAGAAUUAGUUGAAGCACUGCGGGUUAAUUUGUAUAAAUGUACCAUUUUGACUGCUGUGUCAAGCAACUGAAUUGUAAUAGCUUUAAAUAGUUUUUUGCUUAAGGCCAAUGAUUAAUUGUCAGCAAGUCAAUGAAUGUUUGAUUGAAUGCACUAAUAUUUGUUGAAUGAAUUAACGUGACUCUUGGUCUAUGAUCAAAAUAAACGAAAACGUAAACAAUAUUGCUUUUUAUUGUUACAAAAACAACUACAGCAUAUUCUGAUUAAAUGCUUGGAAUGGUCCAUGAUUAUAAAGAUAAUAAACAUUUAGGAAUUAACAUUUGACAAUGUAAUAUACCAUUAUAGUGUUAAAGUACCAACUGUGCUAAACAUACAAAAAUAUGAAUUUAAACAAAUCGAAAAAUUAUUGCAGUAUAUGAAUGCUCCCACUAAUUAAAUUAAAACCAUUCAGUAACAUUUUCAAAAUCGGAGCUCAUUACUGUUCAGGUUGAAAAGACAGCACACAAUUGUAUGAAUGUUUGGAGUUAUUUGUUCCUCUGCAGCUAAACUCUGAACCCAUGAACUAUGAAACCACUGAUUAAUGUCAAGGUUGAACUGUGCCCAUAUGUAGAGACUAACUCUACUUCUCUCUGAACUAAAAAGUACAAAAUACGUAAAAUAAUUCAAGUAAACCUUCAGCACACACGAUACACAUGGCAACCCUGGGAAUACUCAACUUCAAGUGUUAUGGUGACGCAGCCUGUUAGCUUAGAAUUUCAGCUGUGUGUACAAUAACAUGUAUGGCCAAGACAUUUGAUUUGCCAUACAAUAGGUAUGGCCUUUCAACUUAUCACAGCCAGGACAAAGGGCUUUAGAUUACACUGGAAUAGAGUGCUUGCAAACCCUAGCAUUUUGAAAGGAGGAAAUGCCUCAUUGGACCAUUUCUGACCAAAAUUCUACCACUCAUAAGACAAAAAAUCUGAUGCAACAAGGUACAGCCAGCAGUAAUAACUGCCUUGUAAUUGGUGCAAAUACGUCGUGAAGGCAGGACACUAUCCCACUCUAAAAACUACAAAUAUUUGUACCCAAGCCUCUGCCAAUUCCCAACACAUCCAACAUUUAAAUCAACUGAAAUGUGCAGUGGUGCAUGGACUGUGAAGAAUCCAGUUGAGCAUCCGCAAGGCUUUAUGUAGGUACAUCAUGUCCUGUUUAAACCACAGCGAGGUGCCUCUUGAGCGGAUUUCACAUUGGUAAUAAAAAAUUCGUAUGAUCAAUACAAUACA